UCACACAACCUUUUGCUGCUUCAAAAGAAAAACUGCCGUCGGAUAGAUUUGGCAACACGUGUGCCACUAGUCUCAUCUAUUACAACGCACACUGCAAAGAACGUAGUUAUAAGUAUUUGAAUAACGAUUGCUAACACGUGUAGGUUUUAUUCAUUUGAUUAAAAUCCCGAUUUCAUUUUUAUAUGUCAUCGGAAGUCAAAAUGUUCAGAUUUUGAAGAAUGUGCUUUUAUUUUGAAGAGGGAAAUUGUUGGCCGGAAAUGCGUCCUGCUGGCGUUAGCUCGACAGAGACAGGGCUGUAGAUUCCGUUAGGAAGGUGUAGUCCAUCGCCGGGCUCUUGUAUGUGGACCUUUGUGUCUUUGGGUUAGCGUUGUCACCUCCGGCAUGAAUCCGUUUAGCUCCGACGCGUCUAUGGACUGAUAAUAACCAGAAACAUCAUGAGCAGAAGGAGAAAUUAAGCGGCGGCGGCGGCUGGCUUCCUUCCUGCAGGAUUCUACCAGGCUUUUUUGUUUUUUCCGUUGACAUGUCUGGUCUAUGGAGCACAGCGGGGAGAGGCUAGCUGGCCCGACAGUCCGGCUAGCUCUGGGUUUUCUGGAUCUUCGAUGAUCGUUCGGCUGAGAAGCUGAUUUUGUUUCGGAUCAGCUCUGCUUUCUGGAGCAAAGGAGCCAGCAAUGGGGGAGCCCAGCCUGGACGACUCCAAUGUCAAGGUGGCUGUGCGCGUUCGGCCGAUGAACAGAAGAGAAAAGGAACUAAACACAAAAUGCGUUGUGGAAAUGGUGAAAAACCAGACCAUCCUUCAUCCAGCUGGAGCCAACCUUGGAAAAGCAGAUUCCAGGAAUCAGUCCAAGGUCUUUGCUUACGACUAUUGCUUCUGGUCCAUGGACGAGACGGAUAAGGAAAGAUUUGCAGGUCAGGAGGUGGUGUUCCAGUGCCUUGGGGAAAGUCUCCUUCACAACGCCUUUCAGGGCUACAAUGCCUGUAUCUUUGCCUAUGGACAAACUGGUUCCGGAAAGUCGUACACCAUGAUGGGUUCGGGGGACCAGCCUGGGCUGAUUCCUCGCCUCUGCAGUGCUUUGUUUGAACGGACCAAGGAGGAACAGAGGGAGGAGGAGAGCUUCACUGUGGAGGUGUCCUACAUGGAGAUCUACAAUGAAAAGGUUCGAGAUCUGCUGGACCCCAAAGGGAGUAGGCAAACGCUGAGAGUGAGGGAGCACAAAGUCUUGGGUCCAUAUGUGGACGGCCUGUCACGACUAGCAGUGGCCAGUUACAAGGACAUUGAGUCUCUCAUGUCAGAGGGGAAUAAAUCCCGCACUGUCGCCGCCACCAACAUGAACGAGGAGAGCAGUCGAUCGCACGCCGUCUUCAACAUCAUCCUCACGCACACGCUCAAAGACCUGAAGUCUGGGACAAGUGGGGAGAAGGUGAGUCGGUUAAGUCUGGUGGAUCUGGCUGGGAGUGAGCGAGCUGCAAAAACCGGAGCUGCGGGAGAACGACUAAAGGAGGGCAGCAACAUCAACAAGUCCCUCACCACACUUGGUCUGGUGAUCUCUGCACUCGCUGAGCAGGGAACCACCAAGAACAAGACCAAGUUCGUUCCUUACAGAGACUCGGUCCUGACAUGGCUGCUGAAGGACUGCCUGGGAGGGAACAGCCGCACUGCCAUGGUCGCCACAGUGAGCCCGGCGGCAGACAACUACGACGAAACUCUCUCCACGCUGCGAUACGCCGACCGAGCGAAGAACAUCGUCAACCACGCGGUCGUCAACGAAGACCCCAACGCUCGGAUCAUCAGGGAGCUCCGAGAAGAAGUUGAGAAGCUGCGGGUGCAGCUGACGCAGGCAGAGUCGCUGAAAGCCCCGGAGCUGAAGGAGCGUCUGGAAGAGUCCGAAAAGCUGAUCCAAGAGAUGACGGUCACCUGGGAGGAGAAGCUCCGCAAAACGGAAGAGAUCGCCCAAGAGCGCCAGAAGCAGCUGGAGAGUCUGGGGAUUUCUCUGCAGUCUUCAGGGAUCAAAGUUGGAGAUGAUAAGAGUUUUCUUGUCAAUCUCAAUGCUGAUCCUGCUCUUAAUGAACUCUUAGUGUACUACCUGAAGGAACACACAAAAGUGGGCUCAGCAGACUCCCAGGACAUCCAGCUGUGUGGGAUGGGCAUCCAGGCAGAGCACUGCGUCAUUGACAUCACAGCAGAGGGCACCGUCUUUCUCACGCCUCAUCGUAACGCUCGAACAUGUGUCAACGGUUCUCCAGCAUCAAGUGCUUUGCAGCUUCACCACGGUGACCGAAUCUUCUGGGGGAACAACCACUUCUUUAGGAUAAACCUGGCAAAGCGGCGCUCCCGGACAGCUGAGGAUGAAGAGGGGGAAGGCGGCGUGAUGAAGAACAGCGGCAGCAGUGAGCAGCUGGAUGCCGACGGCGACACGAGCAGUGAAGUGUCCAGUGAAGUCAGCUUUUCUUAUGAGUUUGCACAGACGGAGGUCAUGAUGAAAGCGCUGGGCAACAACGACCCCAUGCAGGCAGUCCUCCAGUCCCUGGAGAGGCAGCACGAAGAGGAGAAGCGAUCUGCUCUGGAGAGGCAGAGGCAGAUGUACGAGCAGGAGCUUCAGCAGCUCCGCAAGAAGCUCAACCCUGAUCGUCUGUCCAUGGGCCAGUCCGGAGGGCAGAUGACGGGUCAGCAGGGUCCGGGACAGCAGUCGCAUUACCGCAGCAUGGAGAGGCUCAGUAUGGGAGGGUUUAGUCAUUCAAGCAGUGCUCAGAGCAGACUGAGGCAGUGGAGUGAGGACAGGGAGGCGGUGCUGGUGAGGAGCCUCCGGAGGCUACGGGAGCAGAUUGUGAGAGCAAACCUUCUGGUACAGGAAGCUUGCUUCAUCUCUGACGAGCUGGAACGUCAUACGGAAUACAAAGUCACCCUGCAGAUCCCUGCAGACAAUCUCAAUGCAAACCGCAAGAGGGAUGCGGUGCUCAGUGAACCCGCCAUCCAGGUCCGGCGGCGAUGCAGAGGGAAACAGAUCUGGAGUUUGGAGAAGAUGGAGAAUCGUUUGGUCGACAUGAGAGAGCUUUAUCAAGAGUGGCAAGACUAUCUCCUCCAUAACCAAGACAACCAAGGAAUGAGAUCAUAUCUCCGAAGAGCAGAUCCCUUCUUUGACGAUCAGGAGAACCACACCCUGAUAGGUGUCGCCAACGUCUUCCUUUCCAGCCUCUUCUAUGAUGUCAAGCUGCAGUAUGCCGUCCCAAUCAUCAACCAAAAGGGAGAGGUUGCUGGACGCUUGCAUGUGGAGGUGGUGAGGGUUGGAGGCUUCUUAGAAGACAGCAUGGCUGGAGGAGACGAACCCGAAAACAACCAUGACUCUGAAGUGGAGGACCGCAAACUGGUCUGCAUGAUUAAGAUCCUGCAGGCCACAGGUCUCCCUCAGCACCUCUCCAACUUCGUCUUCUGUCAGUAUUCUUUCUGGGACCAGCGCGAGCCCUUCAUCGUGGCUCCCGAAGUCGACCCUUCCUCCUCGUCCCCCAGCUCAAAGGACCCUCACUGCAUGGUGGUGUUCGACAGCUGCAAGGAGCUGGCAGUGUCUGUAUCAGAAGAUUUUAUUGAGUACCUCACAGAAGGAGCCGUUGCCAUCGAGGUUUAUGGACACAGACAGACGGAUGCAGGGAGAAAUCCGGCCUUGUGGGACCUCAGCAUCAUCCAGGCCAAGACGCGAACUCUGCGAGACAGGUGGAGUGAGGUCACACGCCGCCUUGAAUUGUGGGUUCAAAUUCUGGAGAUUAAUGAAAACGGAGAGUUUGUCCCAGUGGAGGUGGUCCCUGCCAGAGAUGUUCGGACCGGAGGAAUUUUUCAGCUGCGGCAGGGCCAGUCGAGGCGCAUUCAGGUGGAUGUUCGCUCCGUUCAGGACUCCGGCACCAUGCCUUUGAUCUCAGAGAUCGUGCUGUCCGUAUCAGUGGGCUGUGUAGAGAUCCAAAACAUCAAUGCAAUCCAAGAGGGAGACGAGAUGGACAGUUACCAGGAGAGAGAUCUGGAGCGUUUAAGGCGGCAGUGGUUAGCCGCCCUCACCAAGAGACAAGAAUACCUCGACCAGCAUCUGCAGAGUCUGGUUAGCAAAGCAGAAAAGACAGAGGAUGACAUGGAGAGGGAAGCUCAGCUGUUAGAGUGGCGCUUGACCCUCACGGAGGAGAGAAAUUCUGUCAUGGUGCCCUCUGCUGGCAGCGGCAUUCCAGGAGCUCCAGCCGAAUGGAUUCCUCUUCCUGGUAUGGAGAAUCACACCCCUGUCCUCUUCCUUGACCUUAAACCUGAUGACCUCAGCUCCCAAGAACAGUUUGAGGUUCCUGAAGCUGGAGGUUGGGAUGCCACUCUGAGCGGAGAGGAUGAAGACGACUUCUUCGACCUGCAGAUAGUAAAACACUACGAUGGCGAGGUGAAAGCCGAAGCCUCCUGGGACUCCACCGUCCACGAGUGUCCCCAGCUCAGUCGGGGGGGAGUGUGGCCGGAUCAGCGCGUCUACCUGAUAGUCAGAGUGGUGGUUCAGCUCAGCCAUCCCGCCGACAUGCAGCUGGUGCUCAGAAAGAGGAUCUGCGUGAAUGUCAACCCGGGCCGCCAGGGCUUCGCCCACAAUUUCCUCCGAAGGAUGUCGACCCGCAGCACCAUUCCUGGCUGCGGGGUCACCUUCGAGGUGGUCUCCAACAUUCCUGGGGAGGCUUCUGGGUCAGAGGACAGGGAGAUGCUCGCCCACCUCGCUGCAAGUGCACACAACAGCCAGUCAGGUGACGACGAGGCCGCCAUUGAGAAAUACCUCCGCAGCGUCAUGAGUCUGGAGAACAUUCUGACUCUGGAUAGACUCAGACAGGAAGUGGCGGUGAAAGAACAGCUGUCUGGCAGAGGGAAGAGCAGCAGACGGAGUCUGAGCUCCCCUUCAGUUCACAGGCUGUCUGGAAGCAGACAGGACCUGUCCACAACCUGCCUGCUUGAUGAUAAGGUUCGAUGGGAGAGUCAGCAGGACAUCUUCAUGCCCUCCCAGUUUCACCGCACUCUCCCCCGCCCGGCCUCUUCCCCAUCCACCUGUUCCAUCUCCUCUUCGCCCCCCAACCCCUUUAGCUCAAACCCCCAACCACAACAAGAACCAGAACCAGGUCGUUUAGGGCUUGCUGCCUCUUAUCUUUCAGUUAAGGCGCUGGUUCCUCAAAUGCCCAAACUGCUCAAAUCUCUGUUUCCGGCUCGUGACGACAAAAAAGAGUUGAGGCCUUCGCCGCAUGGCCAGCAGCAUGUGCCUCGAAUCAUGUCGCCAACAGGAGGGGACGACAGCAGAGUUAAACCUGAGACGGCCGCCGCUCUACGGCCAUCUGCCAAAGACAGAAGGACAGAGUUGCCAGAAGUCCCUCCUCUUCCUGUGCAUGACCCGCAUGACACCACCCCCCUCAGCCCCCUCAGCCAGUCGUCAAGCGGCUAUUUCUCCACUAGCGUCUCCACAGUUACCCUGUCUGAUGUUCUUCAGCCCUCCUCCUCGUCUUCCUCUCUCCUGGCUGCCGAGACUACAUCCCCCACAACCCCUCAGCAGCAGCAGCAGGGUGCUGAUCGGAUCGAUGUUGUGACCUCUCCUUCUCAGUGCGGCACCAAGGAGGCAGCCGUCCCCCCGCCUACUCCCUACAGCUCAGCCAAUCACAACAAUGUCAGAGCAGAGCUCUGCUCGCAGCAGAGGCUGCAGAACGCAGGAGGAGGAAGUGAAGCCGUUGAAAAGCUGGAGAUCUGUGUGGAAGACGAAGAGCGAGCUCAUGACGACUCUCUGCCCGAGUGGUUGGUUGAAGGGUGUCAUGUCACAGUAGGGAGCAACAAAGCAGGAGCGGUGCGCUACAUCGGAACCACACACUUUGCUGAAGGAGUCUGGGUCGGGGUGGAGCUGAACACCCCUGUGGGCAAAAACGACGGAUCCGUGGGGGGUCAUCGCUAUUUCCACUGCAAAGCGGGCUAUGGGGUGCUUGUCCGACCCGACCGACUGUCCAGCCGAGAUCGGAACAGCCAGAUUCCUCCUUCUGUCCACGUCCCCAUCCUGCGAGGAGAAGCCAUCACCGUUCGCAGAGGGGAGAACCGCAAGUCUUGGAGCAGCUGAAACAGCAAAACGGGAACUUAGCAGGAGGGAACUCCUGUUGUCCUCUCCUCCGAGGCUCACACUUCUUUACCCAUCGGGUGCCUGGCAACCCAGAGCUGGCAACUCCAGAAACAACACCAAAACAGAAGAUCUAGAUGAAGCAUUCUAAUGGAAAAAAAAUGCUGAUGUUUCUUUAAAAGCCUCCCCAGAGUUUGCAAAAGUUCUAGGAAGGACUGCUAUUCCUGUAGGAAGAGGUAGGAGGAGUCCGUCAGGAGGAUGUUCAGAGGGAAGGUCUAAAAUGUGGAUCCGAGCUUCUGUCAAAGAAGAUCUUCGAGCUAACAUGCUCCACAUUCAGUGUUCUGAGCUAACGACAGAACCCUUCCUCUCUUCGAGGAAAUAGAUCCCACUAGUGGUGUCGUUCCAUCCCUGCAGAGUUCAUCUAUGUAGUCUUGAGACUUCAACUCCCAGAGUUCCCUACUGCAGGUGUCUCUCCUCUGAACCGAUGCAGGCUGGACCCUUCCUCUUGGACUCCUGGUCCUUUGCAGAUGGAUGCUCCCAGAAUGUGCCUUCGCCGUGGUCUGCUUUGUGUUUGUGUGUUUUUGACGGUGUUUGUGUUGAGUGUGAGGAGAUCUCAGGGACUGUAGAUGAGAGAAAGGUGAGGCGGGGUGUGAGUGCCUGUGUGUGUGUGUGAGAGUAGAUAAUGUACAGCUUUUUUUUUGUCCCGUGUGCACAGAUGAAGUUGUGUGUUGGCGCUGGUGUGCAGGAAGAGUAAAGUCCACGUUUGGAGAUGCUGCAAGUGGCAGAAAGCUCAAACCGAGAGGCUUUAAAAGUAGAUUUUGCACUGGAGACGUGGGAUAAAAAGCUUGUGCAAGUGAACAGAACGGGGCUGCAGUGACCUCUGUCUGACAUCAGGGGGCGCUCAGCAGUAUUAAGGCAAGGAGGUGACAGAAAGAGGAAAGUGUAGAAAGAGUUAACUUAGGAAAAUAGUUUUUACUUUGACACAGCAACCUAUUUUUUUAUUUUAUUUUUUUUUUUAAACUAAAGGCUGAAACAGCAAAAGAUGAACUUGAAGGUUCGAGUAUCUAAAACAUUCCUGACAAACGGUGAAGAAAAGCUGGGAUGCGGUUUCAUUGCUUUUAUUUUAUUAAAACAUUCCUGAGAGGCUGUAAUGUUUUCCACUGACAUGCUUACUACACACGUGUUCUAAAGCACGCAUCGGCUCUGUCGCGCUCAUGAGCUCAAAUCCACGUCCCGUCACUACAGCAGCCUGUGGAAACACCGUCCAGGUCAGAGAAGAUGCAGACAAAGACACCCCGCCCUGACGGGGAUCCAGCUGCUCGCCUUCCCUCGCCGUUUUGUCACUAGUGGGGCAGCGGGGAGCAGUUGGCUUAAAGCUCAGCUGUAGUCGGUUUUACUGGAUUUCAGAUUUGGUUUUAAAGCUAAAAAUAAUUGGGAGAUUAAAGCGUUUGUUGUUGUUUUUUAGGUUUCUAGUCAACGGUUCUCUUCAUGUUGUCACUGUCGUGACAGUUUUCACGACCCCAGAGUUCUCUGGUGAUUGGUGUGGAAUUCUAAGUAAUGACACCCAUAUGAACACCAUGUGCUUUCCUUUAUUUGAUCAUGCGCCUUCGUAAUACGAGGGGAGGAGGAACAGUAGUAUUUAUGUAGAAAUACUUGUACACAUGCCUUUAUUGCAUGGAAAUCAAUUUUUUUUUUAAUUAAAUGUUGCACAGAUCAUGACAUGGAAGCUGCUGCUAUUAGCAUUGUUAAUUUUUGUACCUGUAAAUCAUUUAUCUGAUUAUCCAUCUCAGUCUAUGCUAAGUUUCAUGUUUAGUGGGGGCUGAGGUUGCGGCGGUGCUCCGGGUUCAGUGGGCAAUAUUUUUGGGAUAAAUAUUGAGGCACUUGAAAAAGGUUAAAACCGUGGUUUAGAUAGGAAAUCACUCCUUUGUUGAUUUUAAAGGAGAGUAAGGAAGGUUUUUUUUUCUUUUAAGGAAUGGAUUUGCAUUAAGAUGCGACAACGAUGUCGUCAAAGCGGAGUUUAUUUGCAUAUUUAUUAUUUGGCCUUUAAGGAAGUGCAGCACAACGGUGGAGGCUGCCUGAAGAAAAGCAGCUCAGAAGGUUCUGAUUGGUUGUUUCUGUGGUUCAGUUUAGGUUGUGAUGAAGGACGGCAAUAAGGUGUGUUGUGUGUGUGUGUAGCUUGUAAAUACAUGUGUGUGUGUGUGUGAAUGUUGAGUGGACCUAGAACAGGAAAUGUGCUCAGAAGCUGGUUUUGUGGAAGUCUGUGAUCACCUCAGACUAGUUUCUAGACUAGUGUUGUGCCUCAAAACACGUCUGUCGCACAGGUGAGUGACUUGAGUCCCCGCCCCCUGUGUGGCAGACGUACGUCUGCCACACAGGGGGCGGGGACUCAAGUCAACUCGCCUUACAUGUUCCACAAGAAAAGACAAUAUCAGUGUUUAUUUGUGUGCGUUUUCAGUCAUACUUUCCACCUCCAGCAGCUCAGAUUAAUCACAGAAAAGCGCUCAUCUCUGACAGGAAACAGUGAUGCUGGUUGGCUGUUUCCACGGCAACGCUACACGUUAUCAGGCUGGAUUGAAUUUCACAGUUUGCAUUACUUAGGGCUGCAUCAGCCAUUAGAGCAACAUUCAUUUUUUUAGCCCCUCACAUUGUUUUUUCCCUGUUUUUGGUUUUAAGUGCGCCUGCUUCUCUCCAUAUCUUUGUGUCACUUCUGUUUGCUUUGAUGUGGCCUCCACCUCCAGCCUGGAACUGGUCCGGUUCCAGAAUGGAGAAACGAAAGAAAAGGAGAUGAGACGAACGAACGUGGCACCCGAGGAAAGCCUGCUAUUUGAUCUGUCCGGUUCUUCACUGCCUCUUCAGCGGGAACAGAUCCUUAACUGAGGCUUAAGCUUCCUCACAGGGAAUUUUAUGUACAAAAACUAAACAUAACUCGUGUACAAAAAAAUCUUCUGAGCACUGCCCUUGCUCAAUCAGAUCUUCCAGGUUUUUACUACAUUUUUUGCAUUUGGAGGUGACUUUUCCCCCCUUCUAAUCAGUUAUCUGGCAGUUCAAACACCUUUUUUUUACCACGCAGGUAUAGAUGUACCUUUCCCUGCUUCACUGUGUUAUCAACUAUUAAAAAAAAGAAAAGAAACGACUCAAAAGAAAGCAAUACCCAGCUGAUCGCUGAAGAUUCCAGAUCCGGCUCUGCAUUUUAAACGUUUUUUGGUAAUUCUUGAGGUACCAGGUAGCCAUGUUUAACAGAGCUGUUGAAAGGGUUUGGUGCUCAUCAAGUCAGGACAUUUAGUCCUGCCGUUACUGCUGCAAAAAAAGAAGAAAAAAACAAGCCCUUCUAGUUUUUAACUUCACACGUAUGUAGCGAAGGAAAAAGACACUUUUCUAUACCUUCUUUCUUCAGAUGUGUUUCAGCGUGGCCUUGGCCUGUUCAACAGUAUUAUUAUCAGUGUAACUAAUGUUUGAGUCUGCUGCUGUGAGGAGCUUUGUCUGAAUGAGGAAUGUGUGAGUAAAUGGUCCUGUGUGUGUAAAUAUGAUCAUAUUAAGACAUAUAUAUAUAUAUAUAAAAAAAGAAAACUGAGCACAAGUUUGAUUCUGAUUAAUUUAAUUGUUUUUAUGUAAUUCCAUGCUGUAAUCCAAAGAAUACAGUUGUACUAUGACAGUUGUUUUCAUUUUUAAAUCUGAACAGUAAUCUGGUGAAGAAAAAAUAAAUCAGUUAUAGAGUGA